AUGGCGCUCCCUCCCAAAGUGUACCAGUUCCUUGUGGGCCUGUUUGCAUCGCUUGGUUCGUUGCUAUACGGUUACGAUCUUGGUGUCAUUGCCCAAGUCAUUUCUUCACCAGCCUUUAAUGCAGAGUUCAAACCCACAGAUGAUGAAACCGGAGCAGUUGUAUCAGUCUUUACCGGCGGUGCUUUCUUUGGCGCCUUUUUCGCCGGUCCUGCUGGUGACAGGCUUGGUCGUCGACUCACCAUUCUGAUUGGUGCCUUGGUUUUUAUCCUCGGUGGUGCACUACAAACUGGCGCACAAGCGCUAUCUUAUCUCUAUGCUGGACGCGCCCUUGCUGGUGUCGGUGUUGGUUUCCUCGUCAUGAUUGUUCCCAUGUACCAAUCAGAGUUGGUCCACCCCAGUAUUCGUGGACGAGUCACGGCUCUCGUGCAGUUCAUGUUGGGAAUUGGUGCCCUUGCAGCAGCCUGGAUCAGCUAUGGAUGUGAUGUCGGCUUUGCAGACGAUGAUGACGGCCAAUGGCGCACAUCGCUUGGUAUCCAAGUCGUUCCAGCCGUCUUUCUAGCCGCACUCAUCAUGGUCUUCCCCGAGUCGCCCAGAUGGCUUAUCAGCAAAGGUAAGAGCGAGCAGGGUCUUCGCAACCUGGCGAAGCUCCAUGCAAACGGCAACGAGUCGGAUGCGUGGGUCAUGGCAGAGUACCAGCAGAUCCAAGAAGCCAUUAGCUUUGAGCGCGAAAACUCGGCCAAGUCAUAUGGCGAGCUCUUCAAAGACAGGUCAUGCUUCCGCCGUCUCUUCCUCGCCUGCGCUAUCCAGGCUUCUGUUCAAAUGACUGGUGUUUCGGCUAUUCAGUACUAUUCCGUCAAAAUCUACGCUCAGAUUGGUAUCAACGGCUCCGACGCCCUCAAGUACCAGGCCAUUUCCUCCGUUCUCGCUCUUUGUGGACAAGCACUCUGCAUUGCUUUCAUCGAUCGAUUGGGACGCCGAUGGACUCUUAUCGGCGGCAACCUCGGCAACUGCGUUACUUUCAUCAUUGCGACCGUUAUGUUGGCUGUUUUUCCGCCCGGUAGUAGUGGAAAUGCCGCCGCCGCAUGGGGCUUCAUUGUUGUCACUUGGGCAUACAACUUCUGCUUCAGUUCCACAUGUGGGCCGCUCUCCUGGAUCAUUCCCGCCGAGAUUUUCGAUACCAAGACCCGUUCCAAGGGUGUUUCUAUCGCCACUAUGACUUCUUUUGCGUUCAACACCAUGAUUGGACAAACUACUGGAGUUGGCAUGGCAGAUGUUGGUUGGAGGUUCUAUUUGCUCUUCGUCGUAUGCAACCUGACCAACGCCAUUUUCUUCUACUGCUUCCUUCCCGAGACUGCUAAGCGCCCACUUGAAGAGAUGAAGUACCUCUUCACCAACGCCCCGCUUUUCGUGCCUGGAAUGAACAAGCGCGACUUUGUGCCAGACAUUGAUCGUCGCGUCGAGGAGGUUGCUGCGAAGCAGGGAUCUAUUUCCCACGCAGAGAACGUAAUUGAGUCGAAGCAUUAG